AUGACAAGUUCAUCCAAGACAGUCGCCUUCUUCGGCGCUAGUACUGGCAUCGGACUCUCAGCCCUCAAAGAGACUCUAGCUGCUGGUCACCGCUGCAUCGCUCUGUGCCGAGUUCCCGCCAAGCUAGAAACCCUUCGCACAGAACAUGCCAAUCUUCUUGAUAUCGUCGAGGGAAAUGUUUAUGACUCAAAGGCUGUGAGCAGCUGCUUACUCAACAAGGACGGCAACCUCGUGGAUGAGAUCCUCUUCUCAGUCGGUGCCAAACCUGUCCUGUUGAAGCUGACUCUCGAUGACCCCAAAGUCUGCCAAGUCGGCAUGAAUGUUGUUCUUGAAUGCGUAACGCAACUUCGAAGCAAAGGCGCCACUGGAAGACCGCUCAUCAUGGCCCUCAGCACAACUGGCACGUCUCGCUUUGGUCGGGAUUAUCCUCUGGCCUUGUUCUUGAUAUACGGCUACGCCUUGAAAGUACCCCACGAGGACAAAAUCGCCAUGGAAGAGAAGCUUGCUGGAAGUGGCGAAGACUUUUGUAUAGUCCGAGCCAGUCUGUUGGUCAAUGGCAAAAGCGAGACUCCUGUUCGAGUGGGUGUCGAGGAUCCCAAGACGGGACGAGAGAGUCAAGAAAUUGGAUACACUAUCUCGAGAGAAGAUGCUGGCAAAUGGAUUGCCGACAACUUGAUUCUGCAGAGGAAUAGCGACUAUGUGAAUAAGAUUGCGUCGAUUACCUGGUAA